AUGGGAGCCAUCAUUGGCAUUUCUGUGGCCGCUGUCAUCAUUCUCCUACUUCUGGGAACCACACUGCUCUACUUGAGGCAUCAGCAGCAACAGGAGCCAAAAGGCGCGGGUGGCAGCCUGGCAGCCUCCCAUUGCACCGAGUUUUCGCUGGCAGAGGUCCUCAAGGCCACCAAUAACUGGUCGCAGGACCACCAUCUGGGCUCCGAACGUCCUCUGAAUCUGAAGCAGCGGCUGGACAUUCUCAUCGGCAUGGCACGGGGCUUUGAGUACCUCCAUGGCUUUGGCAUCGUGCAUCGCGACAUCAAGCCUGCCAACGUCCUCAUCACCAACAGCAUGCAGGCCAAGAUUGCAGACUUUGGGCUGGUGAGGAUGGGAGAGGGCACGACUGUCGGUACGACUCGCAUCGUGGGCACACCGGGCUAUGUGGAUCCUGUCUACUCCCGAACGUCCAAGGCAACUGCAGCCAGCGAUGUGUACAGACAGGCCCCUCUCUCAGAGACUGCGGGAAAGAGCUGGCAGAUCAUCCCAUGGGCAUCUGAGUGCGUGAACUCGGGUGAGCUGGGGAGCCUCAAGGACCCCAACCUGGAUGCCCCUGCGGAUGCUGUGCUCCGUGUGGCUCAGCUCGCCCUCAGCUGCACCGUGGAGUGCACUGCAGCUCGCCCAAGCAUGGCAGAAAUCGCCAAUCAGCUGCAGGCUAUCCGGGAUGAAGUGGUGGGGAAAGAGGAGCUGAGGGCGGCUGUCAAGGUGGAUUCUCAAGUUCAGGAGAUGAAGGAUGCUUUCGUGGGUAUUGAGGGCCCCGAAACAGAAAUCCAGAUGAUGGGGGACAGCUUUGCUGAGGAAAACCCGGUGUGA